GCGAAAGCAGUUUAAAAAUACUUGACAAAAUCAACUAGUAAAGUUCACAUUUUGAGUGUAGUUCCCGGCAGAGGAGGCAAGGCAUUCCAAAUUUUCCGUAAUCAUGGCAAGAGGGCGAAUCCUCAGCUCAAUCCUUUCUAGAGCUCAGGCGCUGUGCAACUACCACUCGUCGUUCGUCCAGAGCACCCGACUGGAGUACGUUUCGUACAGCACGCCACGCAACCAGAUGGAGGCGCCUCCGAUCGUGGUGAUGCACGACCUCAACCUUUCACUGGAGUCCUGGCGCCAUGUGGCGAGCAACCUGAGUCAGGAGGGUCUGCGCCAGGUGAUCACAGUGGAUGCCCGGAACCAUGGAAUAAGUCCCCACACAUCUGGCCACUCGCCGAUGCACCUGGCCGCCGAUGUGCAGGCCUUGAUGUCCCACCAGGGCCUCAGCAAGAUCGUGGCACUCGGACACGGAAUGGGCGGUCGGGCGAUGAUGACGCUGGCCCUCACCCAGCCACAGCUAGUGGAGCGGGUCAUCCUGGUGGACAUUACUCCGGCACCGGUGCCCAGCAACUUCUAUCUCACGCGGCAGGUGUUCGAGAUGAUGCUUCAGGUGGCGCCCACCAUUCCGCCGAAUCUAUCACUCUCCGAGGGACGCUUGUUCAUCCUGCCGCUGUUCCAGGACGUGGUGCACGACGUGUCCGAGCUGCGGAGAGUGGUCGACAAUCUGCGCAAGAUGCAGGACGACACCUUUGGCUGGGCAGUGAAUCCGCGGGCGGUUCUCGGUUCCUGGGCGGAACUGAUGAUAAACUACGAGUCCACCCUGGGCGGACUGAGUCCCUUCAUGGGCGAAGUGCUCCUCAUCGCCGGCUCCCAGUCGGAGUUCGUGACCUCGUCCAGCAUCGCCGUGAUGCAGAGGUACUUCCCCAAUACAGUGGUGCAGAUCCUGGACGCAGGACACUGUGUGUACGAGGACCAGCCGGAACAGUUUGUCGAACUGGUCGUGGAGUUUACACAAACGUGCCUAGUAUGCUGAAGAAUCUCUUCUGUUUAAGGGGCUUAAGCACUGCAAUCCCCCCUUCCCCCCCUUGGAAUUGGAACUUUGAAUCCUGUUGACACAAUAGAAACCGCAGAAAAAAAGAAGGGUAAAUUUGCUGCAGCCAAAAUCGAUGGGAAAUCAACGUGGCAGCCAAUCGAACCGGUACCCAAUACUCGGAUACUCGGAUACUCGGAUACUCGGAUACUCGAUUCAGGUGCUCGAAGGAGCCAGGAAGCUUGGUACACAAAGGCCAAUGCCAAUCCCUUGGCUCCGCCAAUUUGCCAAUAAGGCAGUUGAGGGGCCACAAUGCGAUACAAUUUAGAUUUAUAUGCAUUGUCUGAUUUAUUUGUGUUGGACGUGUGGGCGAUGGAGACGUCUGACUGGCUUUUGUGUCUGCUUCUGUGCUUCAAAUGUCGAUAAUCUGUGUGUGAAUGGAGAGUGGGCGGCUCCUUCGACGACCUCUCUGCUAUGUAUUUUCGCUGAAAUUGAGUCAUGACUGAGAUUUGAAUGUGCAAAUGUACACAUGGAAGCCUUGAAGUUGUUUACCCGAACCCCCAAGUCCUUUGGAGUCUUUGUUCUGGCUUUAAUGAGGAUUACGUGAAAUUUCAUUAUGCUGCGUAAUAAAUAAGUAGCAAGUCAAAUAAACAGGGACUAGCAAACACCCACCCACAAUCCACAUCCUACAUUCAACAUUCCACAAAUGCAGGGGAAUGUACAUGAACAUUUCAACUGGAUGUGCGGACUGAAACCAUAUUAAAAUUUAGACACGUA